ACAUGUCAGUACCAAGGGAGACCGCCUUCAGGGAGUUUACCAGGCUGAAUCUCCGCCCGGUCGUUCCUCCAGGUGACAAGCCUCUAUCCCCGCGUGCGACGACUUCAGCUUCAACAUCUGCACCGCGUCGCUCCUCGACAGGUCCAUCAGCGUUUCAGUUCCCGGCGCGCCCAGCGGCUCGGGUGAGAGCCCCGGAGAUCCCGCUCACUUCGGGCACCGAUUCCGAAGACGAGCCUUUGCUACCGUCCGGAGAACCGUCAGACGAUGACGAUACCUCCGUCCAGGCGUCCCCGCAGCAGAUUCAUCACCCGGAUCCAUCUUCCCCAACUGACGAUGUACGCUCAUUUAAUGAGCACAUCAUUAAGAUGUCCAGGGCUCUGGGCAUUGAUCUUUCCUACCCAGAGGAAGAGGCUCGGGAUCCUGUAGAGCAUUGGGUGCAUGGCCGGGUGCCCACGCCGCCCUCCAUUCCACUGCUGCCGUCCUUCGAUUCCAUCGUCCGGAGGUCAUGGGAUACGCCGACGUCCCUCGUCGGCUCCUCUAGGAAGAUCGAGGCUCUCUACCGGAUCUCCCCAUCGAGUUGCUCUUGGUUGACCGACCACUCCAGGCAGAACUCAGCGAUUGUUGAAGGGGCCCAACAGACCUUCGUCCCAAAGCAGGCGACUUCCCCAGCCGAUCGGGAGGCUAAAAAGAUUGAUGGUCUAGCCAGGAAGGCCUACUCGGCAUCAGCCCCCGUCGUCAAAGCCAUCAAUUACACCGCCUGCAUGGGGGCCUAUGUCCAGACAUUGAUGGAGGGCAUCUCGCCACUCGUCCCGGACGUCCCGGACGAGGUCCAGCGACGCUUGGUGGAGAUCCGGGAUGAAGCCCAUUCGGUCGAGAGUUGGCUUAUCACCGCCUCCAGAAAUGUGGCCGACUGCGCAGGACAGGCGAUGUCAGCUUCGUUGGCUCUAUGCCAACAUGCGUGGCUGAGGGGGUCAGACCUCAAUGCCAGCGUCAAGUCGACUAUUGAGGACAUGCCCCUGGACAGUACCGGCCUCUUCCAUGCUGACACCGACGAGCGCCUGAACCGCAAGUUCAGGAUGAAGGCGGCAGUGAGGAAGCAUGGGAUGUCCUCUUCUUCCAUCCAGCCAUUCCGGAAGAGGCAGCGCCAGUGGCAGCCCCAAGGUCAGUCACAAGGGCCUGUGGUUCGCGACGGUCGACUUGAAGGAUGCUUACUUCCACAUCGGAAUUCGGGAGUUCCACAGGAGAUUCCUCGCCUUCGCCGUCGGCUCCACCGCAUACCACUACAACGUGCUCCCCUUUGGCCUUGCCAUGGCUCCGAGGGUCUUCACAAAGUGCAUGGCGCCAAUGGUGGCGUACCUUCAUCAGAAGGGCUACAGGGUCUUCCCUUACCUGGACGACUGGCUGUUUGUCGCCGACUCACAGCAGGACCUCCGAGACGCAAUCUCAUUCGCCUUGCACCUUUUGGACUCCCUCGGACUGGUCGUCAACGAGGAGAAGUCUCACUUCACCCCGACCAGACAGGCCAAGAGGCUACGCCUUUCUCCCUCCAGACCGUUUCCAGGCAUUGGUAGCAUCGCUGAGGCCUUGCA